AUGGCCGCUUCCUCCUCCGCCGGCGCUCCGCCGGAGACGCCGCCCACGGCGCCGCGCGGCCGCGGAAACGACGGCGUGGGUGGGAAGGUGGAGGAGCUGUGCUGCGUCUGCCACCUCCCCGCCGAUCCGGACCGCCAGCUGGCCCCCCUCAGCGACGGCAAUUUCGUCCACUACGACUGCCGCUGCGAGGUGUGCGAGCGCAAAUCCCAAAGGCUGACCGUGUGGGAGUUCAUGUGGGGCUUGCCAGGCAAGCUCAUGAGCCUGCUGCUCCCCCUCUUCCUCGCCGUCUGUGUCCUCGGUGAAACAGUCAUGCACCUCAUCACCUUACAAACUUGGCGCCUCGUUUUCGCCAGAACCUUUGCUGAAGUGUACCAUCUGGUCUCCCUCCGCCUCUCUGCAACCUCCAUCAUUGCUUCGGUAUCGUUCUUUGCUGCAUUUGCGAACAGGUUUGUGCCGUUUGCAGUGGCUCCAUUUGCGCGCUGGGUUAAACGCCUAGAAACCCGGUGUCGGGGAUGGUGGGGCAUCGAUGGCUGGCAAGUCCUCCAGCUAUUUUCUGUUGAAGCCUGCUUGGUGGUGUUAAUAGCUGAUAUGGCUGUUGCUUGUAUUUUUGGUUUACUCCCAUUCUCACUUGGAAGGAUAAUUUUAUGGUGCAUGCCGUCUUUCAAUUUUAACAGUGUGGAUGAAGUCGACUCCUAUACUUCAACUUCAACAACUAUUCUGGUUGGAUAUGGAUUUAUCUUUUCUGUGGGCGUAUUUUUUGUUGGGCUGAAUACUUUUCGUGAAUACUUGACCGGGGAGCGCCUUACAAUUGCAAUUCUCUUAAGAAAGCUUUCUGGUAUAUUCUUCAGAGGGAUCUUGCGUUCAAUCAUUGGUGCCAAUAUUGGUGUUAAUCUUUUAUACAUAUAUAUACUACACCCAUUGUUCAUUGGUUGGUUGCUUGAUAUGUGCACUUCAAAAUUGUUUGGUGCAACAAUGUCUCAGAGGUUCAAAUUUCUGAUUGCGCCGUCGUUUUCUUCUAUUACUCUUCAUUGGUUUACUGGACGCAACAUUUUGAGUCUGCGCAACAGAGUCUUCGUAUUUCUCUGCAAGGUAUUGAAGCCAGGAAUUACGAUUCGCUUUGUCCGACAUAAUAUUUCUGAACCAUUCUAUAUAUUCUAUUUCAAGAGGCUUCCUGGCCUUUUUGACGACAUUACAUUUAUUGCUCUAGUAAUCCUUGUUCCUACUAAAAUGGCUGUCGAGUUGGAACCUGAGGAGUUCCCACUAGACAUCACCUACUUUGAUCAUCCUGCUAGGGGCACAUCAUUCUGGCUAGGGCCACUGUACUACGCAAAGGCACUUUCUGGUAUUCUUUAUCUCAGGAAAUUUGUUGUUGUUCAAACAAUGCCACAGGUGGUGCUAUCAUGGUUGGCAGUUGUGAUAUUUAAUUCUGCUAUGCUUUUAUCUUCAAUAUCUAUUGGCCGUACAUUGGUAUUUGCCAUCCCUGAGCUGCUAGUACGAGCUCAAAUGAAGUCCAAUGAUCUGUUUGCUAUUGCCACUGGAUAUAGCGUAGUAUCAAUUGUUAUUGCCAUCUCUAGAGAUGCAUUUGUUCGCGUGGCUUAUGGGGGAACUUCAACUGUCUGUUGCCAGAUUUUGUUCAUUCCUCUUUGGAUCGGUUUGCUGGUUGAUUUAACACUGCUUUCACCCUUCAUCGGGCCUGGUAAUGGUGUUCCAGUUCUAGACUUUUUCUGCACUUGGGCCCUGGGGCGGACAACACAGAUUUAUGGGAUAAGAUUGGCUCGUCGGUACAAAGUCAAAGGUGGGCUCCCUUCCCUGGCCGAUUCCAUUGAGAACUAUUGGACCGGAGACAAGCUGGAAUCUCUUUUGAAGAUGGGACCUUUUGCAACGAAGCUAGUCGCUGCUCUGGGUGUUCCUUAUGUGCUCGCCAAGGGUGUCUUCCCAAGACUAGGCUACCCAGCUGCCGUAAACUCCAUGGUCUACCAUUUCGCGUGGUUGGGCUGCAUCGCCUUCUAUGCACUCUGCUAUCUCGCGAAGAUAAAUUCCCAUUCUAAUUAG